AUGUCGACCGACAUCCUCCAAUCCAAUGACGAAUCCCAUGUCUCCCGCGCCUGCGAAACAUAUUCCCUAACCACAACCCAAUUCCACGCCCUGCACUCCCGCAGCUCGGCCGCGAAAGCUACAGCAUACUGUCCGUACUCCCUAUUCCGCGUUGGGUGCUCGAUACUCACGGAAGAUGGCCAACAUAUCGACGGCGCGAAUGUGGAGAAUGCUUCGUAUCCGGUGGGCACAUGUGCGGAGCGUGUAGCGUUUGGCAAGGCCGUUACGGAGGGGCAUAAGAAGUUCAAGGCUGUGGCUGUUGCGACGGAUAUCUCGCCGCCCGCGAGCCCGUGUGGAAUGUGCAGGCAGUUCAUUCGCGAGUUCUGCGAACUCCCGACUCCCGUUUUCAUGUUCGAUAAGGAUGGAGCGUUUGUGGUGAUGAAGCUAGAGCAGCUGCUCCCAUUGUCGUUUGGACCCGAGGCCCUUCCUCCACGAGGCGAACUGCCGGCUAAGGCCUGA